UGUGAAGAAAAAAACGAAGAGAAAGCAUUUUACACGAAAAAUGUUUUGAAGUUGAUCAAAUGAAAUUUCGUUUGCCUUUCUGGGUUUAUGGAAUAAAAUUCUUUUAAAAAAAAAAUAUUAUGUUUACUUUUUCUAAAAAAAAUAAUUCAAAUAACGUUGGUUUUUUUUUUUUUUUUGACAUCAUUCAAAUAACGUCGGUUUGAUGGAAAGUUAAUAAUGUCUGGUUUGCCGGUCAAGUAAAUAAUAAAGAUGGAAAACGGAAACCUUUCUUCUCAGAAAGAGGCUUCGUUUUUUUUUUAAACCCUAAAAGAAUUAUCCAAAGUUUUUGUGUGAAAUGCUGAAAUACUCUGCACUUGUUAGAGAAAGAUCAAGAAGCUUUCCGAUGGGUUUUCUUCACGUUCUUAAGUGUCCAAUAAGCUUGCGAUCUUACAGCAGCUCCCUAGUCGGCUUUUUCUCCAAAUCUCACAAUCCUCUUCUCUCUGCGAGAUGGGUUAGAGCAGGAGACGCCGCCAGUUCCAUCAGAUGUAUUGCGUCUGCUAUACGUGGAAAAAACAAGAAGCAGAGACUGGAUGAGGCAUGUCUCGAAAGGUAUCAGGAAUACAGUCGCGCACUAAUUCAAUCAUGGAUCUUACAAGGCAAAGUGCUAGUGGAUGGGAAAAGAGCUAGUAAAGCUGGAAUGCCUGUAGCCAAUGGUGUCUCCAUUAAGAUUACCGCUGAGGUUCCCAAAUAUGUAUGUAGAGGUGGGCUGAAGCUGGAAGCUGCAAUAGAGAAACUAGAUGUUGAUGUUUCUGAGAAAGUAGUUCUUGAUUCUGGACUUUCUACUGGAGGUUUUACAGAUUGUUUGCUUCGUUAUGGCGCAGCUCGUGUUUAUGGUGUUGAUGUUGGUUAUGGUCAGGUGGCUGAUAAAAUCCGAAAUGAUAAGCGUGUGACUGUUAUAGAAAGGACAAAUCUGAGAUACCUCCCAGGACUCCCACAAAAAGUCGAUGUAGUGACACUAGAUCUGUCCUUCAUUUCAAUUCUCAAGGUGAUGCCAGCUGUUAUGAAUGUGAUGAAUGAAGAUGCAACUCUAGUUACCCUUGUUAAACCUCAAUUUGAAGCUCGGCGAUCACAGGUUGGGAGGGGUGGUAUUGUGAGAGAUCCUGAAGUACAUCAGGAGGUUCUUGAGAAGAUAAUAAAUGGUAUUGAGCGCUAUGGAUUCACCAACAAAGGGUUUAUCGAAUCUCCCAUCAAGGGCGCUGAUGGAAACAUAGAGUUCUUGGUUCGCUUUGAUCGAGGGACAGUGAAAGGCGAAGAAGAAGAAUACUAAGACUUAUAUUUCCCUUGCGUCAAAAUGCUUAUUGUUUCUCUCUUCUUUCACCCAUUUCCUUGACUUAACGUUUAAGUUAGGCUUACAACCAAAAAACCUUUUAAGUUAGGCAUUUUACUACUGUUUUUUGUUUGUUUUGGUAAUGUCUUAAAUCUUAAAAGAUAAUUACCAAACCGAUCCAAGACUAAUCAUUUUAGAGAGUAUUUUCGGUUUA